AUGGGAGAUCAAAAUCAGCUUCUUAAGGAUUUCGCAGCCCCAAAUGCUCAAGGCACACAGUCAAGCAUUACAAGGCCCAAUGUUGAAGCUAAUAACUUUGAGCUGAAACCAUCACUGCUCUCAAUGGUUCAGCAGAAUCAGUUUGGAGGAGGUGCUACUGAAGACCCGAACCUCCACCUAUCGAUUUUCUUGGAGUAUUGCGACACUUUGAAACUUAAUGGAGUGACCAAUGAUGCUAUUCGACUCAGAUUAUUUCCGUUCUCUCUAAGGGACAAGGCUAGGGCUUGGUUGCACUCAUUGCCAGCUGGGUCCAUCACCACUUGGGAUCAAUUGUCUAGAGCGUUUCUUGCAAAGUAUUUUCCUCCAAGUAAAACAGCACAGAUGAGGAACCAGAUCACAAGCUUUGUACAGAAGGAAGGAGAGUCACUUUAUGAAGCUUGGGAACGCUACAAGGAAUUAUUGAGGAUGUGCCCUCACCAUGGACUGGAGAAGUGGUUAAUUGUUCACACCUUCUACAAUGGGCUCACUUACAACACACGGAUGACUGUUGAUGCUGCUGCAGGAGGAGCUUUGAUGAACAAAACAAUAGACGAGGCAUACACUCUCAUUGAAGACAUGGCUCAGAAUCACUAUCAAUGGGCAAACGAGCGUGCUCCUCAAACAUCAAAAGGUGGCAAGUAUGAAAUAGAUGCUUUAGAUCAUAUAUCUUCUAAAGUUGAUGCUUUAUUUAAAAAAGUUGAAAGUUUGAGUAUUAAUUUUGUGGCGUCUACUUCAAUUUCAUGUGAGAUAUGUGGUUAUAAGGGAGACCCAUUCUCCAACACUUAUAAUCCGGGGUGGAGGAAUCAUCCUAAUUUGUCUUAUAGAAACCCACCUGGAAAUUCCAUGCCCGCAUCUAAUUUUGGUCAUCCUGGUUUUCGUGCUCCUCAAUCCAAUCUCCCUCCCCAAAGGUCUAAUUUGGAAAAUAUGAUGGAAAAAUUUGUGACGACUCAGUCGAGAUUGAAUGAAGAGUUUAAGCAACAACUACAAACCACGAAUGAGGUAGUAAAACAAUUGGCCUUUAAGAUGGAUUCUCUAGCUACACAUAACAAGAUGUUAGAGACACAAAUCACACAAUUGGCACAAAAUGUUAGCUCUUCCUCUAGGCCUUCAGGCAUGCUACCUGGACAACCUGAGACGAAUCCCAGAGGUCAUGUGAAUGCUAUAACCCUUAGGAGUGGAAAACAAUAUGAGGGACCUAAGAUGAAGGAAAAUGAUGGGGGAGAUAGUCAUCAUGAAGAGAAAAGUAAAAUUAUGAUAGAUGUGGAUAAUGAGACCCAGAUGCAUGAAGAAGAAAAAGUUAAAAAAUAUGUGGCCCCCGCUCCUUACAAGCCUCCUCUACCCUUUCCCAAAAGGUUAGCUAAGGCUAAGUUAGAAAAGCAGUUCGGAAAAUUUUUGGAGAUUUUGAAAAAGUUGCACAUCAAUAUCCCGUUCACUGAAGCUAUUUCUCAAAUGCCUUCUUAUGCUAAGUUCUUGAAAGAGAUCCUAUCUAAUAAAAGGAAGUUGGAAGAAUACGAGACUGUGGCCCUUACUGAGGAGUGUAGUGCUAUCAUCCAAAACAAGUUGCCUCCUAAACUUAAGGAUCCAGGUUCAUUUUCUAUUCCUUGUGUUAUUGGUAAUGACUCUAUUAACCGUGCUUUGUAUGAUUUAGGUGCAAGCGUAAGUUUGAUGCCAAUGUCCAUCUGUAAGAAGCUUGGCAUAGGAGAUUUGAAGCCAACCACGAUAUCACUCCAACUAGCGGAUCGAUUGGUAAAACAUCCGGUAGGUAUACUUGAAGAUGUACCUAUCCAGGUCGGUAAGUUCUUUAUCCCGGUUGAUUUCAUUAUUUUAGAAAUGGAAGAAGAUUCUAACAUCCCAAUUAUAUUAGGAAGACCCUUCCUUGCUACUGCAGGUGCUAUAAUCGAUGUUAAAAAUGGAAGUCUCUCCCUAAAUAUUGGAGGAGAGAAGGUAGAAUUUGAUUUGAACAAUGCUAUGAAACCCCCUCUAACUGAUAAAGUUUGUUACAGGGUUGACGUGAUUGACAAGUCUACACAUGAGCAACUUGCAAACCAUUACUCAACUGAUUCACUUGAGAAGUGUUUGGUAAGUGACGAUUCAAUAGAUGAUGAAGACCCGGAGGUAGCCGUGUAUGCUCAAUCUUUAGAAUCAACAUCAACUGCUCCAUUUCGAAAUGCAAAGUUUGAAAGUCUAAAGUUAAAGUCAAAAGGUUCUACUUGUGAAGAGGAUAAAGCACCCAUAGGCAUGACACCGUUCAAGUUGGUGUAUGAAAAAUCGUGUCAUCUCCCAGUUGAGUUAGAGCACAAGGCGUAUUAG